AUGAAGAAGGAAGAGGAACGGGAAGAAGAAGGAAGAAGAAAGAAAAGGGAAGAAGAGGAAAGAAGAAGAAGGAAGAGGAGGAGGAAGAAGAAGGGGAAGAAGAAGAAGAGGAAGAAGGGGAAGAAGAGGAAUAAGGGGAAGAACAGGAAGAACAGGAAAAAGGGGAAGAAGGGGAAGAAGAGGAAGAAGAGGAAGAAGAGGAAGAAGAGGAAGAAGGGGAAGAAGGGGGAGAAGGGGAAGAAGAGGAAGAAGGGAAGAAGAGGAAGAAGAGGAAGAAGGGGAAGAAGAAGAGAAGAAGAGGAAGAAGGGGAAGAACAGGAAGAAGUGGAAGAACAGGAAGAAGAGGAAGAAGGGGAAGAAGAGGAAGAAGGGAAGAAGAGGAAGAAGAGGAAGAAGGGGAAGAAGGAGAAGAAGAGGAAGAAGGGGAAGAACAGGAAGAAGUGGAAGAACAGGAAGAAGAGGAAGAACAGGAAGAAGAGGAAGAAGGGGAAGAAGAGGAAGAAGGGAAGAAGAGGAAGAAGAGGAAGAAGGGGAAGAAGGAGAAGAAGAGGAAGAAGGGGAAGAACAGGAAGAAGUGGAAGAACAGGAAGAAGAGGAAGAAGGGGAAGAAGGGGAGAAGGGAAGAAGAGGAAUAAGGGGAAGAAGGAGAAGAAGAGGAAGAAGGGGAAGAACAGUGCUAAAUGUGUUGUAAAGUGCUGA